UUCCAGGCAAGGAGUUGAUGGGAUUCGAGAUGAAGCUAGGUUGGGGGAAAAGUGUCCCUAUUCCCCUUUACCCUAUUUACAUCCCGCCUGCUCUUUUGGAGCUCAUCAAGCCUCCUCCUCCAAGUGGAUUGCCUUUCAAUGCGCAGCCAAGAGACUGGUUGAAGUCCCUACGAUCAGCUAUUAAAGAGCGUGCGAAACUGGUUACCGAUGGUGUCGACCCCGAAGCAACCAGACCCCCAGCAGCAGACCGAAAACCUUUUGAUAUUAACAAAAUGUCGGAAAAUGAACUUGGAGAGAUUCGUGCAUCCCGUCACGAGCACGUUCCUCAGUCCGGCCACGAAAGUCGAGCUCAUUGGAUUUUGUGUUGCUUAAAUUUGUUCUCUACUAUGAGCGAUCCUGGAUAUUCCGGCUACCAACCUCUUCACCCACGUUUGGCCGUCUCGAGCAGCUUCGGGAGGUUCGAUAUUCACGGUGGUAUGCCCGAAGAUCUCGUUGAAGAAGACGAUUAUCCGUAUGCACCCGGCUAUGUGCCGCCACUUCAAGCCAGACGUCACGAUGCUGAGCUUGACGAAGCUAUGGCGCUUUCGAGACAGUGCGGUUUAACGGAAGCUCAACGAGGUCGGUUCACACAGAUGUUGGUGGACUUGGAGCCGUCUCGCGCGAACGUCGGUGACGUGAUGGUGUGGUGCUUGGAGCAUGCGGAUGCUGCAUCAGAUAUCACAGAUUGUGUGGUGGACGCGCUCUCAUUCACCUCUUCGUUGGACCAAUCGGAAGCCGCCUCAUCACCGAAAAAUGUCGUGUCUGGUAUGCCUGAUGAAAGCAAGACGAAGCCUCCUGUCUCUGUUUCAAAGGCUGUAGCUCGAUUGUUCCUCAUUUCUGAUAUUCUUCACAAUUCCUCCGCGAAAGUACCGAAUGCCUCUUACUUUCGCAAAUGCUUUGAGAGGCGACUACCGGACGUGUUCUUAAACUUGCAUGCCUUGUACGAAAGUGUGGACGGAAAACUGAAAGCUGAACAGCUUAAGCAAAAAGUGAUGCUUUGUUUUCACGCCUGGGAUGACUGGGCCAUUUAUCCGAACGACUAUCUCAUCAGACUGCAGAAUAUUUUCCUCGGAUUGGUGAGCGAAAUUGACGACGAGUCCGACCUUGCUGGUGUUCCGCUCGAGCUAGAGGGGGCUGCGGUUAUUGACGCUUCCAGCAAAUCCUUACCGACGCUGGAUCCAGAUGUUGAAAUGCUCCAAGGCCAGCCACUCGUCCAAUAUGAUGGUGAUCCGUUAGACGUGGACGGUAGUCCCCUGGACGAUACGGACCAGGAAGAUAAACCUAUUGCGAAAAAGCCUAAAGAAAGCGUCAUUAAUGAACCAAAAGUUGUAUCUCCCGGGACGGAUUCUUCCUCCACUCGACUAUUUGUUCCGAGUAAAUGGGAAACUGUUGAUCCUGCAACUGUGGAAUCCCAAGCGGUCACAACAACUAGUCGCUGGGAGCUUCUAACUGAUGACGCACCGACACAACUCACGGAACCCAAUAAUCACGUUCGCGGUGUUCGGGAAUCUGGUAUGGAGCGUUCGGUCAAGCUUGGUCGAUGGGACGAUCUAUCGCAGAACUCCACAAAUGAUGACGAGCUGGAUGGCCAACCACUUACAGGUAUCGGUGCCUUGGUGGCUUAUGAUGAUGAAGAUGCUCUGAGUCCUGUGAGUAGUGGAUCCGCAGACUCCCCAGCCCUGUCUGCAAUACCGUUACCUCCUUCAGCAAGCACAAACACAGUAUCCAAGUCAACGUCAAGCUCCGGUGUGACCACAUCAACGGCAUUGUCCGAGGAGCGUCGUCCAAUGCUGCGGGAGCUAGANAACGGCAUUGUCCGAGGAGCGUCGUGCAAUGCUGCGGGAGAUAGAAUCGAAAGUUCUCAAGUAUCAAGACGAACUUGAGGCCACUCGUAAGGGCGAUAAAUCCAUCACAGAAGAGGCGAUUACCAAGCAAAUCCAACGCUAUCGAGAACGUCUUCUCGAGCGGUUGCAGGAAGAUGAUCAACUGUCCUGUGUGCCUAAGUCAAAGAACUUAUCGGAUUCAAAGUUGAAACCCUCGAAUGCUAGAGAGAGGUCUAAUGUGGGUUCUUCCAUGCAAUCAUUGUCUUCGAAGCAUCCUCGGAGGGAUCAUUCCAUCUCACCCCCUGCAUCUCGAGACUCGCGUGAUCGGUCACCUCCGCGUUCUUUCCGUGAAAAUGAUCGUCCCCGUCGACGUCCACCUUCUCCCACCAGUCCGGACGCCAGUUCGGAAAAUGAGGCUUACGAUAGCUCUCCUCUCCGAAGUCUUCGCAAUCCUUCAGUUCCAUCUACGGAUUCACCCUAUAGACGUGAUGCCGAUGACGUCACGAGACGGCCACGAUUAAGUGCUUCGGACGAUGCUGAGCGGCAGCGGAAUUCCCAUGGCAGUUCUCAGAGAAGACUUCCCAUACCAUCCGAGGAGUUGGAGGAAGGUGAAGCUAGUGACGAUGAAGAUUUCGGUUCUACUUUGGCACAGCGCAUGCCGUCGAGACGUAAACAUCAUGGACGAGAUGAUACUCACGGUUCCACAAGUCCAAAGACAACGCGAAAACGUCACCGUUCACGUACACCCAAUUCCGUUGUCGACGCACGCCAUGCUUACCGGUCAAGAACCCCAUCACCAAGUCGAAGACGGUCCGAACUUUCUGCAGGAAGUGCUAAUCGACGUAGGAAGAAAUGAUCAUGUUUUUGUAGAAACUAAUCCAUACAGUUCAGCCUUUGGACUGUCCUAUGUACAGAAUCCCUACUUGGUCACCAAAUUCCGUGUUCCCUUUUAUUUCAUGCACUUACGCUGCAUUUACUUGUUCAGUGGUUUACGGGCGCUCGAAGUCUGAUUCCCCGCCAAAGCACUCAAGAGGUUCCCGUAGCAACUAAUCUGGUUGUUUGUAAAUUCUGGUGGUUAUUAAUGAGUGAAUCGUUUGUCGUUUCGACGAUGCUGUAAUCAUUGAGUGCAAGUACUGAGUUACUUAAUAAACUCAUCUUUUGAGCAUAUACUUUUAUCCCAAGAAUCUGGCCUCUGGGACACCCC